CAGAAAGCUUCAGGCUUAUUGUUCUUCCUAUCUCUCCCACUUUUCAGCCACUCGUAUUCGAACAUCUCAGGCUAACUGAGUUUAUUAGGGCGCCAUGCAUCACCAAGUACGACGCGCAUAUAAUAUAUAUCAUCAUCAUCCUCUAUUUGGUCACCCAAGACUGCGUCCCUGACUGUCACUCGCCGUUCCUCAUUAGUCGCCGUAUCCUUUCUUGCAAUAUUCUUUCUUCCAUGUCACCGGUGAGCCCAACUAACUCACUCUAUAAUAAUGUCCAUGUCAUCCUCCAAGUCAAUCCCCCCCACACGCGCUGGAAGUUGUUCGAAAGACCCGGAAGUAACGAGUACUUUGGAGACCACGGGUCCAGGGGACGAUGAAAGAGCAGUCACGCUCAACAAGCGCUACAACUUCACUACCCUUGUUUCUAUAUUCAUCGCAAUCAAUGCCGGGUGGGAAUCCAUUGUUGUAUCCCUCUAUCAGGUCCUCAUUGGCGGCGGCCCGACAGUUCUUGUAUGGGGUUAUGUGAUUUCCGCCGUUGGUGCGAUUUGCAUCUCCCUUUCCCUGGCCGAAUUUGCUAGUAUUUGGCCAUCUGCGGCAGGGCAAUCCCACUGGACAGUGGCACUCACCCCGCCAAAGUAUAGGAGAGUUGUUGGCUGGUACGCCGCUUGGAUUCUUCUCUUUAUGACGGUAUUGGCCUCGGUCGGCGCUACCUAUGCAUCCGCCAUGUCCCUCCAAGCUUGCGUUUCGAUUUCGAAUCCGGACUACGUUGCUGAGCGCUGGCAUACAUACAUGAUAUUUAUUGCCGUUCUCGUCAUAGCUGCCGUGAUCAACAUCUUUGAGCCACGAUUGAUCCAUCACUUUUCCGUAUUCGGCCUUGUUGUACACGUGCUUGGGUUCUUUGCAAUCAUGAUCACUUUGCUAGUGACUACGAAGAAUAAGAACUCGGCCAAGGUUGUUUUUGGCUCAAUUCAGGAUUUCACCGGCUGGAAUAAUAAUGCUAUGGCAUUUUUCAUCGGAAUGCUGCCAGGUGCAUACGGCUUCUUGGCCAUCGACGCGCCAGCAAGGUACUCUGAGGAGACCAAACACCCGAAUACCGAUGUCUCCCGCUCUAUGUUCUGGGGAAUUAUGGGAUCUGUCUUGAUUGGGAUCCCAUUUGUUCUGACUCUUGCAUUCUGCAUGGGUGACACACAGGAGUUAUUACAAAAUCCUACCAUCUCGCUGAGUCCGUUGGCGUUGAUCAUUCUUCAAAGCACCGGCUCAAAAGCCGCUGCUAUUAUUUUAAGCUGCACUGUUAUAGCGGUCUCCUUUACGGCGUCUAUUGAUGCUGUUGGCGGCAUUUCUCGCAUUAUUAUGGCCCAGGCACGCGACCGUGCCCUGCCCUUUAGCGAAGUGCUUUCCAAAGUCUCCCCGCGCUGGAACACACCCAUCUAUGCUGUUCUUUUAGCAUGUUUUUUAUUACUAUCGAUCGCGGCCAUCUACGUGGGAAAUAGCACAGCAUACUAUGGAAUUGCAAGCGGUACUGUUGUGAUGCAAGUGGUAAGUUACACGGCACCGGUCAUUCUGAACUUCUUCUUUAGCAAGAAGAUGGGCAUCAAAUACGGCCCCUGGAAUCUCGGAAGGCUACGGUACCCUAUCAAUGGGAUCGCAAUUAUUAUAUAUAUCUUCCUGUGCUGCAUCAUGACAUUUCCGACUCAAAUGCCCGCCACUGCAGAGAAUAUGAACUACGCAAGUUUAAUUAUCGGGGCAGUAUUUAUUGCAUCGACUGUAAUGUACUUCACAUGGGGUCGUCGCAAUUAUUUCGGUCCGCUUUUUGACUUGCAGGGUCUUGAAACGCCAGUAAAGGCCUAAGAAGUCUCUUAUUCUCUAUGAGUGACUGUUUUAUAGCUCCGCUCAAACUUGAUCUCUGAAGGAACCAAGAUUGACAUGAAUACCAGUUUCAAGCUAUUAAAUGUCUUUUUCAAAGAAAUUUUAAGAGAGACCAAGAUCAAUCUACGUAGUCUGUUAGAGGAACUCGAAUAAAGACCUUUCUGUCUUCAGGAGGUUGCAUCUUCACUCGAGUCUUUUACGGUUCAUCCGCGACUUGCUUUAAUAUUGUCACGGCUAGUUACCAUGCACACGUCGAACCAAAUAAGCCGACGGCAGUGAGACAUCGAGCCUUCAAGUCCUUGACGCAGAUGAUAUCCGCCCAACAAUCAUGCAUAAUUGGAGAUACUAUGUAUAUUAAUGAAUGGAGCCAAUUACUUUCUUUGUGCAAAUAAAAUAUGAG